AUGACCUCAGGCUUCGCCAUCACCCUCAUUGUCAUGCUGAGCACCUUUUCCGCACUGAUAAUCCUAGGCGGUAUAUGUCGGUUCCGCCUUCUCCUCGGGUUCGCCAACUAUGGACCGGGCCCAAACCGCACAAGAGCCAUCGCCCGCGCGUGGGACACAGCCGGGACCCCCUGGCCUACCGCAAGAAGCCGGCAGACUCGUCGGCAGUCCGCCCUCCCUUCUUACUCUCUGCAGCCUCGGGCCGGGGAGAUAAGUGUGUCGAACGCCGAGCAUGGCGUCACAAACGAUGACCCGCAGUCCGAAGCGCAACUAUCCCAAAUGCUGCGGGAUUUGGAACAGCCUCCGCCGGCGUACCAAGGGUCAGCGGCUCCGAGCAGGCCGCACAGUCGCAUGCCAGAAGGGCAGACAAGGCUUGAGGUGGAGCCUGGGACGUGGUUGGCCCACUGGAGAGCCCGAGGGUAUUAA